AUGUCCUCUGAGUGCCUUGCUUCUGAGAGGUUCUCUGCCACCGACUCGGACGUGACAUUCGAGUCUGCGGACAGCGUACUCUUCAAGCUGCAUCGCGCGAAUCUUUCCACGCACUCUUCCAUAUUCCCUGUCGGCUCUGAGAUCCGGAGCGAUGGCGAGGUAGUGAAGCUUCAAGAAGACUCGGAAGUCCUGGAGGUUCUCUUUCAGCACGUUUACCCCGGAGACAUUCCCACGAUGGACGAUAUACCAUUCCCACUUCUGUCGAGGAUAGCAGAUGCAGCGCAGAAGUACCAGAUCACGGUGGCCAUGGAGAUCUGUCGCUUGCAUAUGAGGAACCAUAUCAUCUCCCAUCCGCUCGGUGUAUUUGCGUACGCCGUCAAGCACGGCUACGACUCUAUGGCAGAUCAGACCGCGCUCAGAACGCUCGAUUAUGAGCCACAAUCCGUACUAAAUGCUACAGGGCCGGUACACUUCGCGCAUUGGGUACUGUACAGGGACCACUGGAUCAAGGUUCGCGAUAGCUUUCUGCUGUGCAGCGAGCUUGACAAGUCCCAUUUGGAUGGAUGUCAUGAGCGUUGGCGAGCUGGGCGGCCAAAGGCAUGGCCUGUAAAGCUUGCCGCUUUACAGGACACAGAUGCCUUUUUCGCACCUGUGCUGGCCAUUUCUACCUCGCUGUGCAAUAAAUGUCCCAGAUGGUGGCAGGACAGAGUGGCGCGCUUCAAAUCGUUGGUUGAAGCAAUCCCGACAUAUACCCAUGUUGCGCGCUCUCUUUGA